AUGCAUAAAAUAUCCAACUUUACGGGCUCUGCCAAACAUGGAUGGGAACGCAUGACGCCUUCCAUGGGCUUCGGCAUGUCUCGGCCACAUCCUCAACAUGAUGGAGGAGGCAUGGCCCCCGUUCCACCUCCGCCGGGCAAACGCAACAUCCCCGGCGCGGCUGUCAUGAAUCACAACCCCAUCGUGCCGGGUCACCCCAUCAAUCUGUCCUUCAACAUCCCCUUCAACUCGAACCUACCCGGCCCGGAUCCGGAAGAGAUCUUGUACAGCAGCACGGGUGCUGAGCAGAAAUGGGUACACCCAGACGGCGGUGCAGAGGAGGACUUGCCCAACCACGCCCUACCGAUUCACACGCGUAACGUCGAGAACUUGCGGGCUCUGUGCCAACAUCUUAGCGCCAGUCACGGCGAUCGAAUCCGCGCGACCGUCACGUCUGCCAAGCCGAAGCCCGUGCCGGGCAUGCAACGCGGUCCUUUGACCGCCCUGGUGACGAACGUGUGUAUUUCGGGUGACGCGGAUGUGGUACACAAACUUCGAGCCAAGAUUUUGAACGAGACGCCUAUCACGUUGCGAUGUGAAACGAUUGACGUCGAUCGAGAGAUAGUCUUCCCUGAAGGUCAAAAAGGUGCCAGGAGUGAUGUUCUUGGCCACAUGGAUGAAAUCGCUGCCCAGACUCGUGCCGACAUCUUUCUCCUCGAGGCCAAAUCCCGGCGAAAGGACUCGGACUCGGUCAGUUUCAAUGGUGGUCUUGAAAAGAGCAUGGACCAGCGAUUACGGAUUCAAGUUUACAGCGACGGCGAGAGUUUGGAAACUGCCAAAACGAGAUUGUUGAUCAUGAUCGACCAAGUUCUACAGCGACAAGUGGACACCAUCCGUCUUGAGCUGUCCCUACAAAACCUCGUCUCUGGCCGUCACCGAAAGAACAUCAAGAUGAUCGAAUCGGCUACUGGCACGGCGAUCUACUUCCCUCCAGUCUUCCCGGCCUUGUUUGGCUACACUCCCAGCGGUGCCAUUCCCUUGCGCAACCGCGACGAGAUCAUCAUCACUGGUGAAAGCAUGGAGAACAUUCUGCAGGCGAAGAAGCGGCUUCAUGAUCUCGUCGUUUCCAUCAAGACUUUUGUCAAGGAUGUGCACAUCACCACGAGCAAGGUGGAUUUUAUUCUUCUGGAACGACUGGACAAGAUCCGGAAGAUCGUCGAGGCCAAUGGAUCCUAUGCCUUGUUACCGCCACUUGGCAACCACAGCGGUGUACUUCGUGUGCAAGCCACGGACAUCCUGAACGUUGAACGGACGGUUCGCGAGAUUAUGGGUCUGACGGGACAGUUCUACAGUGCCUCGUGGUGGGUGACCCACCCUGAUCCGGCUCAGCGACUUCCCACAACGGCCGAUGUUCAAACCAUGCUUCCUGAUAUUUGCAUCAACUCCGGAUGCGAGAUUACUUUCGAAAAGCUUAAUUUCCACAUCAAUGGUAGUGAUGAUGCAGUCAAGGCGGCUCUGUCAAUCAUCAACACGAUGCCGUUUGUCAAAAAGGCCCAAUCGACUCUCCGUGUUAAGGUGGAGCUUGCGAAUGAGCACAAGGAAUUCGUCAGUGGCAAGAAGAAUGGCAAGAUCAACAAGAUCAUGAGCCAAAGCAAUGUUCAGAUCGUCUUCGACGGGUUCAACGAGUACAAUUUCUACAUUGAUGUUCGUGGUGCGCAUUACGAAGCGACCAAGAAUGGUUUGGACCUUGUCGAGUUGGAGAUGCCAGCUUCCAUCUCUUUCCACGUUCCGGACCAAUACCACAAACGCAUCAUUGGUAUCGGCGGUCAGCACAUCCAGCGCAUCAUGAAAAAGUACUCUGUCUUUGUCAAGUUCUCCAAUGCAAUGGACCGUGGUGGUGUUGGCAAGGACGAUGACGAUAUCAAGGUCGACAACGUCAUCUGCCGCACCCCGGCUCGCAAUGCGGACAACCUCGAAUUGGUGAAGCAGGAGAUCAUGGACAUGGUCGAGAAGGUCGAUGCUGAGUUUGUCAUUGAACAAGUCCCCGUCGACCGUCUCUACCACCGAGAGCUCAUCACCCGCAUGCCCGAGAUCGAAGAACUGGAGAAGAAAUGGAACUGCAAAAUCAUGUUUCCCGGCACCGAACAAGCUAGCGAUAUCAUCACCGUUUCAGGCCCUGAGUAUCAGGUUCCUCAAGCUGUUGAUGAAUUCCUCGGCAUGGUCCCCGAGAAUCACGAGAUUGAGUUUCCUCUCACCGAUGCGCUUCGUCUGGUGUUGUCGUCGGAGGAGUUCCGCAAUGACACCGUUCAGAAACUCAAGGAUCAGUACGUCGUGGAAGUAUCGCUCGGCGAGCCGAAAAAGGAGAAGCACGGCAACGAGGAGAUCACCAUCAUGAAACUCGUGUUGAGCUACACGCGUAACAAUGCUGGUGGUCUCAAGGACGCCAUCGACUUUUUGCUUCUCCCACUGAUGGCUCGUGGACUGGACGUGAACAACGUCAAGGGUGCAAUUCCUCGACCAAAGUCCGACUCUUUCGAAGAUAGCAUGCCUUAUUUCGAAUCCAAACUUCUGCAACGCGCGGAACCGCCGAUCAUCAACGAGUCGCCUACCCGACCCAAUUUCGAAGACGGUACCUCUCGUUCUAUCUUCGAUAAGCUUCGCAAGCCCUCUAGCAUGGCUUCCUUCAGCUCGUUCAUCGACCGCCGCCGCAAGAAUGGUACCAAUUCUCCGGCGUCGUCCUUGUUCAUGCACGCCUCCAACAAUGCCUCCAAGGCAUCCCUCGUCAGCAUGGAGUCCCGUGACUCCGGCUACCGAAACCCAUGGAACGAUUCCGGCAUCGGCAUCGACUCCGAACAUCCCGACCAGCAAGGCGGCGUGACUCCCGGCCACGCCCAUGCCAACAGCUGGGGCUCUUUUGCAGGCGUUUCUUCCGCCUCUCGCCCCAACACCUCCUCGGCCUCCCUCGUUGGCACCUCAGCUUUCCCCUUUGGCGCCAAUCCUAACGUUUCCACGAAUUCCCUUUCCACCCCAAUGAUACCCGGCCUCGGCAUGGUCGGCGCCAAUGGCGUCGCCGCCGCGUCCAUGCUCCCCUCCACCCUGGGCGAUGUCACGCCCAAGUACGAUGAACACUCCCUCGACGGCACCGGUCGGUCGACUUCAACGACUUCUUCCCCUGCUGCGAAUACGCCCUCUUCUUCUUCCUCUUCUUCUGCGAAAAACGCCAAAUCUGCAAAAUUGACGGCUACCACUGCUUCUGCGACUUCUGCUGCUUCGAACUCUUCAGGAUACCCCGCCCCUAUCGGGCCUCCGCAUUGA